CAACAAAAAAGAGAUAUGCAUAUAUCAUGAUUUGAGCUUUAUUGAGUCCAUACCCUCUUUCUGUUGACAAGAAGAACAUUAACAACGCUACAAGGUUCUGUCCCCACUUUACUCUUUUUCUUUACCACAAUUUGUAACAACUUUCCAUUUUCCUUUAUAAACCGGCCUCCUUCUCAACCCUCUUCGAUCCUCUCCACUACUUCUAUACCCAUCUUCUCAUUUCUUCUUCCCCAUGGCUCCACCAAGCUUAACCAAAAACGCCAUAAACGACGAAGUAGUGGGAGUUCUCAACGCUUCCUCACGCCCUGCUCUCUCAAUCACCUUAAAAGAUUCCAAUUUUGUCGCCAACGGCCACCACCCAAUUCUCACCCAUGUCCCUCCAUAUAUCACAGCCACGCCUUCGCCACUCAUCUCUGAGACCGAGACCCAGCUGGCGGUCGGCUGUUUUGUCGGCUUCGACGCCGAUGAGUCCAACAGCUGCCACGUGGCAUCCAUCGGCCGGCUCCGAGGUAUAAGAUUCUCCAGUAUUUUCCGAUUCAAGGUGUGGUGGACCACGCAGUGGGUCGGCACGUGCGGGAGCGACGUCCAGCACGAGACCCAGAUGAUGAUUUUGGACAGGAGUGAUCAGGGCCGUCCAUUUGUUCUCCUGCUUCCAAUCUUGGAAGGAGCUUUCAGAUGCUCACUGCGUCCUGGUGGCGACGGGGAUGACACCGUGGCGAUGUGGGUCGAAAGUGGGUCCACCUGCGUCCGUGCCUCCCGGUUCAGAAGUUGCUUGUACAUUCAAGUGGGAGAAGAUCCGUACAGUUUGGUCAAAGAUGCAAUGAAGGCGGUCAAACUUAGUCUAGGGACAUUCAAGCUUCUAGAAGAAAAAACGCCACCGGGAAUCAUGGACAAAUUCGGGUGGUGCACGUGGGACGCGUUCUAUCUUAAGGUCAACCCUCAGGGGAUUAGGACAGGUGUCAAAUGCCUAGUGGACGGUGGGUGCCCACCGGGGAUGGUCCUGAUUGACGAUGGGUGGCAGUCCAUCGCUCAUGAUGCGGAUUCCAUCACGGAUGGUCGCGAACAGGAAGCUAUGGAUCUAACAACUGCUGGCGAACAAAUGCCGUGCAGGUUAAUAAAAUUUGAAGAAAAUUAUAAAUUUAGGGAGUACAAGAGUGAUCGGGAGAAUUGUAAAGGAUUGGGUGCCUUUGUGAAGGACUUGAAGGAGGAGUUUAGGAGUGUAGAGUAUGUGUACGUGUGGCACGCGCUUUGUGGAUAUUGGGGCGGGAUUAGACCCAAUGUGCUGGGAAUGCCCCUGUCAAGGAUCAUUAGUCCUAACUUGUCCCAAGAGUUGGAAAUGACGAUGGAGGAUUUGGCCGUGGAUAAAAUUGUCAGUAGCGGCAUCGGAUUGGUCCCACCUGAGCUGGCCCACAAAAUGUACGAGGGACUCCACUCCCAUCUCCAGUCUGCAGGCAUUGACGGUGUUAAGGUUGAUGUUAUUCACUUGCUUGAAAUGCUAUCGGAGGAAUUCGGAGGUCGGAUCGAGCUGGCUAAAGCGUAUUACACGGCACUUACAAUGUCUAUACAUAAAUAUUUCAAAGGAAAUGGGGUCAUUGCUAGCAUGGAGCAUUGCAAUGACUUUAUGUACCUUGGAACAGAGGCCAUAACACUUGGACGUGUCGGGGAUGACUUCUGGACAAAGGAUCUUUCUGGAGAUCCAUAUUGGCUACAAGGGUGUCACAUGGUACACUGUGCUUAUAAUAGUCUCUGGAUGGGAAAUAUGAUUCACCCAGACUGGGACAUGUUCCAAUCCAACCACCCUUGUGCCGAGUUCCACGCCGCCUCGAGGGCCAUCUCCGGUGGACCAAUCUACAUAAGUGACUCAGUCGGUAGCCACAACUUCAACUUACUCAAAAGUCUAGUUUUGCCCGAUGGAUCCAUACUCCGAUGCCAAUAUCACGCCCUCCCUACUCGAGAUUGUCUCUUCGAAGACCCCCUUCAUGAUGGCAAAACCAUCCUCAAAUUUUGGAACCUCAACAAAUUCACAGGCGCGUUGGGGCUGUUCAAUUGCCAAGGAGGAGGGUGGUGUCCCAAGACAAGGCAAAACAGAAGGGCCUCCGAGUACGCCCGAACACUAACCUGCGUCGCCGGCCCCAAAGACAUCGAGUGGAACAAUGGGAAAACCCCCAUUUCUGUCAAGGGAGUCAACUUCUUCGCCAUCUACAUGGUCCGACAAAAGAAACUAGAGCUGUUGAAGGCAUCGGAGAAUUUAGAAUACUCAAUCGCCCCACUAAAUUACCAACUGCUUGUAGUUUCCCCUGUCACAGUUCUAUCGAAGCCAUACGUGGGAUUCGCUCCGAUUGGGCUGGCCAAUAUGCUCAAUCCUGGGGGCGCCAUACAAUCCCUAGAAAUUGAUGAGAAUGAAGGAUUGGUAAGAGUCGGAGCAAGGGGCUGUGGGGAGAUUUUAGUGUUUGCUUCGGAGGGGCCUAGAAGCUGCAAAAUUGACGGAGAAGAUGUAGGAUUUGAAUAUGAGGAUGAUCAAAUGGUGAAGAUUCAGGUUCCAUGGCCGGGCUCUUCUAGAUUGUCCAUAAUUGAGUAUCGAUUUUGACCUUCGAAAGACUCUGUUCUUCAAUAUCGCGAUCCACGGUCAUUACAGUUUUAAAAUAAAUUAGUACCCAAAAAAAAUCAAUUCAACGAGUACGUAUCAAAUUAUCUCCAAAAGAAAAUUCAUUUAGAUAAUAUUUAUCACC